AUGCGUUCACGCAAGCAGCGGCCAACCACGCAGCUGCUCGACCUGACGCCGGCGCUGCUGGAGGCGAUUGCCGCGCGCCUGGGGCCGGGCGGGUGGCUGGCGCGCUUCGCGCAGACGUGCCGCGCCGCACGCAGUGCCGCCGACCGGCGACAAACUUCGGCGCCGCUCGUGGCGUCAUUGGCCCCCCGGUUCGCCCAGGGGUUCCCCUGCUGCUCCACUCUGGUGCUGCACCUGGACUCGCCCCAAGCAACACUCUUGCAGCUCGCGUCCUGCCUGGCUCAGCUGCCGGACGCCUCCUGGCCCCAGCUGCGCCGCUUGGAGGUCGAGCUGGACUACUACCACCUCCGCUACCUCGGAAACAUCAUCGACCCCUCGCUGGGCGAUCCCCGCGCCGCGCUGCCCGCGCUGCUGACUCAGCUCGCGCGCCUCGCGCCCCGCCUCGCCGCCGUCGCCACCGGGCCGCGCUUCCUCGCCAACUGCGAGGGCGAAACCAGCACGCACGGCCUCUGCGGCGAUGUGGGCGCCACGCUGCGCGCGCUGCGGCCGCUGGCGCGCACACUGGAGGAAAUCCACAUCAGCGGCCCCUGCAGCGGCGGCGGCGGCAGACCAAUGGGCGGCGAGGAGGAGGGCCGCGCAAGCGGCGUCCGCGUCAGCGACGACGACGGCGCACCUGGAGAGUCACAGCAGCUUCUGUACCGCGCGUUGGACGCCGCCGGCCGCGCCGCAUCGCGCGAGCUGCGCGGCUUCGCCUCUCUCCGGCGCGCGGCGUGCUCCAGCGACGCGGCGCCGGUCUUUGCGGCCACGCUGCCGUGGCUGGUCGCUCUGACGUCCCUUGAUAUGGACGACCGGGGUGGGGCGAUGGGCGCCGUGCUGCUUAGCGCGCGGCUGCGCCAGCUGGCGCUGAGGUCCGGCCGGCACCCCAAAGUGGCGCUAGAGGCGGUUGAGGGCUGCCGGGGGCAGCUGGCGCGGCUGACCAGCUUCACUCUCGGCAGCUCCGGCAACGGCGACGACCUCAAACUGUACAGCAGGCACAAGGGGGUGCUGUGCCAGGUUCCCAGGCUCAAGAAGCUGAGAUUGAACGGCGUCGUGCAUCUGUCACGGAAGGAGGGCACCUCAAGCGGCGAAGAGGACGAGGCAGACGAGCGCUGCGCCAGCGGCAGCAACAGCGGCAGCAGCAGCGGCAGCGACAGUGAGAGCAGCGCCAGCUCGGACGGCAGCGGCGGCAGUGAGUCGGGUGACGACGGCCCAGAGCCGGGGCUGGGCGCAGCCGCCAUCGGCGAUGGCAGGCUGCUGCGGCUCCGCGAGCUCGAGGUGCACGGCCGCCUCUUGGGGGAGCGGCGCUCGCUCUUUGCCCUGGCGCCGCGCCUCGAGCGCCUGACGCUGGUGGAUUCGACGGGACUGCGCGCGGCGUACGGCCACCCCAAGCUGCGUUCCCUGGUGGUGGACUUUGGGCUGGAGGCGUCGGCGUUCGCCAGCCCGUCAUGCAUGCGCCGCAUGCCAGCCGUGACUUAUGUGAAGAUCUACAUGGGUUACCUAAUCGGCGACAAGGACCUGAUGCCCGAAGCGGCGGGCGAUGACGAGAUCGCGUUUUGCGACGAGGGCGAGGUCCAGCGGCGCUAUGACUCAUUGGAGGCCUGGGCGCACGGCGCCGCCCGCGUGGCGCGCCUGACCGUGGGCGGCGGCCGCGGGCCGCGCGGCGGCGGCCGCGUGGUCGAGGCGGGCCGCGACCUUUCGAGGUUUCCCGCCCUCAAGAGCCUGCGGAUCACCUUUGGCCGCACCCGCCUUGAGCGCGCGGCGGUUGCUGUUGACAACGCGCUGCUGUCGGAGCUCGUCGCGCCGCUGGCGCGCGUGCGGGGGCCUGCGCUGCGCAAGGUGGUGCUGCGGGUGCCGUCUUGGGUGCACUCAAGGGGUAUCACCUUGGGCAAAUGCGCCAAAUUGAUGAAGAAGAACCCAGGACUGAGGAUUGAAUUGGUGUAA